GGCGUCAUGGAGGGCUAUCGAGUGCACCGCUACAGCAACGGCGAUGUAUACGAGGGUUACUUCCGCGCCGGCCUCAGGCACGGCCGGGGCACGCUGCGAGCGGCGAACGGCGACGUCUACGCUGGGGACUGGGUUCGGAAUGAGCGGGAGGGAUUGGGACGUGAGGAGUACGCGUGCGGCGACGUGUACGACGGCACCUGGCGCAAUGGUAUCAAGGAGGGCCGAGGCACCUACUUGACCGCCAGCGGCGAGAUGUACAUCGGUCCAGUGCGCGACGACGAACCAUACGGCGAAGGU